AUGUUGGGUACUAGCAUGAACUUUUCGCGUGGUCGUGGUGAGGAUCGGUUUUAUAAUCCGCCGCAAGCUCGCCGGUUGUUACACACAGCGGAGAAUGAGAGGAUUCGUAGAGCUCAUAGCGAUGUGACGGCCAGUAGGUCUUCGUCGGCGGUGGUUAGAGAGAAAUCGGUGGAUUCGGUUGAGAAGGAGAAGAGGCGUGAGAAUAACCGGGUUGGGUCUGAAGAGACCAAGAAAGUAGUAGCGGUGCCGUCGUGUGAAACGGAGGUGAAGCGGUUGAGUAACUUGGAAAGGUUUUUGCAAUCGGUUACGCCGUCUGUGCAUGCUCAGCAUCUUUCUAAGAGGAACACAAGAGGCUUUAGGACGUGUAGUGAGGAGGUUCCACCUUACUUUGUUCUUGGUGAUUUGUGGGAAUCAUUUCGGGAGUGGAGUGCUUACGGUGCUGGAGUGCCGCUUGUACUAAAUGACAAAGAUAGUGUUGUUCAAUACUAUGUUCCUUAUCUUUCUGGGAUUCAAAUUUAUGCCCAGACUUCCAAGCCAUCUGUAAAGUCAAGGCAACUAGGCGAGGAUAGUGAUAGUGAUUUCAGGGAUUCAAGUAGUGAUGGUAGCAGUGAUUGUGAACCUGCUAGAGGAUAUAGGGAACAAAGGAAUCUUCCCCAUCUCUCGGAUGACUUGUCUCAUUGGAUGGGUAGAUUAUCUGUGAGAAAUCAGUAUACUCUCCCACAAGAUGACUUUUCUAGUGAUGAUGGUGAAUCUGUCAAUUCUCCGGGCUACUUGCUAUUUGAGUAUUUUGAACGGGACACUCCUUAUGGCCGUGAACCUUUGGCUGAUAAGAUGAUGGACCUUGCUUUUCGUUUCCCUCAACUGCUGACACUUAGAAGUUGUGAUAUACUAUCAUCAAGUUGGAUAUCUGUAGCAUGGUAUCCUAUAUACCGAAUCCCAAUGGGUCAAACAUUAAAAGAUCUUGAUGCAUGCUUUCUGACAUACCAUUCUCUUUCUACACCUGUGGGAGCUUCACAGAGAGUGCAGGCUCCUGUACCAUCAUAUCCAACCGAGAUGGAUGGUGUCCCAAAAAUCUCUUUACCUGUUUUUGGUCUUGCGUCAUACAAGUUCAAGGGACCCCUGUGGACUCCAAGUGGUGGAUACGAGCGCCAAUUAUCCAACUCUCUUUUACAGAAUGCUGAUAAAUGGUUAAGACUGCUUCAGGUCAGUCACCCAGAUUUCCUGUUUUUCAGCCGUUGA